GCCCGAGCGCGUGAGCUCGAUCUCCGUCGGGCCCGACCCGCCCGAUCAGCAGAAAGAAUAAUCACCGUGCAGAACAAUCUUGCGAUCACGUAUGGAGCGCUUGGACGGCUCGAAGAUGCCGCGCCGAUGCAUCGAGACGUAUACUCUGGACGGUUGAAGCUUCACGGCGAACAACAUCCACGAACCCUUACUGCAGCCAACAACUACGCGACGUCCCUUCUGGAUCUACAGCGCUACGCAGAAGCUAAGCUACUGCUGCGCAAGAUUGUGCCCGUGACACGGCGCGUUCUCGGAGAGAGUCAUGAGUGUACGCUCAAGAUGAGAUGCUUAUACGCGGUGGCGCUCUUUCCGGACCCCGCCGCCACGCUCGAUGAUCUCCGCGAGGCCGUGACGGCACUUGAGGACACGGUACGGACCGCGCGGCGCGUGCUUGGAAUAUCGCAUCCGCUGUUACGGACGAUGGAGGGGAAGUUGCAAAUCGCGCGAGCCGUGCUCCGCCGCCGCGAGACUAGCAAUGUGUAA